GCCAAAACCCCCAACCGUCAAACAAUCCGUGACAAUUGGACUCAAGCCGAUGGAGCGCGAGGAACGGGUGUCAAUGAACUUGUCGACGCAAAGCGAGUGCCACCAGCUCAUCCAGGCCUACGCGAACAUCUUAGAUCGAUGGAACCUUAAGAUUGCCAGGGUCGAGUUGUUGAAGAAUCUCACUGUGCAUCAAAGCCGCAAUGACUUCACCCUCGGAGGUGGGACACUGGACAUCGCGAUGCUUUGCAAGCUUUGCCGCCGGUCAAAGCAUAAGGAGGGUGAAAUUUGUCGUACUUCCAAACGAAGAGGAUUUAAUCCUAACUCCAAGUGUUGUGUCUUAUACACACAUGCACCCGCUGCCUUCACGCAGCAGAUCUCAUAUGCUGGAGAGAUCUGAUACCCAAAACAGGAGGUUGGUGUCCGACUGGUUGUGGUUGCCGGUGCUCCGGUGUAAAGGGAAUGUUCGAGAUCGAUCGACGCCUGUUGCCACCACCACCCACACCACCCCCAGCAUCUCCCGUGGAUUACACAUCUCCUCCGUUACCAGCUCACCCAAUCGCGACGAGUGCAUGGCUGAGCAGGGGAAUGAGGAGCACUCACUGAUAGAAGCCCAGCAUCAAAAAGUCGCGCAUCAAGGUUUUUUUCCGGGGAACUCCACCAGAAACGAACUCGAUCCAUUACAUCACCCCACGUUAAUGAAUAUUUAUGAAUGCAUUAAGGAUGUGCUAGCUUAUGCUAUUGCAUUAUUGCAAUGCUGUAUAUUCUCUGUAACUUAUCCACUGCUUUCGUAUGUGCACUCAGCCAUAUCAUCCACUGCGCACCCAUGGCGAAGUGGCUUUGAGUCCGUCUUUGCGCGCACACUCCGUUAUCGAUCAGUGAGACCUAAAUGAAACGGUGACCCGACCUUUUAUAGAAACCGCAGUAAUGUUUUGGCAUAGCAGCCAACCAACACGCCUCUCAACUUCGAAGUGCCGACACCUCUUGCAAUAAUGC